UCCGUCAUUUGAGCACAUCCACUCCACUUUUGCUUCUUCCCUAUCCACCCACACAGACACAACCUCUCCACCGCCAUAAAAUGGGCAAAGACAAGAAGUUCAGCUGGGGUUCCGCCCUGGUCGGCGCGGCGGCCGCGUCCGCCGCCAGCCUGCUCCUGUCCUCGAAGCCUCGCGACCCGACGUUCCACCUGAUCUCCAUCGACAUCACAUCCUUCAAGCUCAACUUCCCUGUGCUGGACGCCGAGACCAUCCUGACCGUCCACGUCACCAACCCAAACGUGGCGCCCAUCCAGUACUCCGACACCGUGAUGUCGAUCUACUACGCGGGCGCGCUCCUGGGGUCGGCCCCCGUGGAGGCCGGGUCGCAGCCGCCGCGGUCGUGCCAGCUGCUGCGGCUGCCCGCGCGGCUGAGCGGGCUCCAGCUGGCCCAGCACGCGAAGAGGUUCGUGGCGGACGUGGGGCGCCGGGAGAUGGUGCUGGACUCCACCGUCGACAUCAGCGGCACCGCCAAGGUGCUCUGGUGGAACCACGGGUUCAAGGUCCACGUCGACAGCCGCGUAUUCGUGGAUCCGGUUUAUCUUGAUGUAAUUGAUCAGGAAAAUCAAGCUAAGUUGGAAUUGUUUGUCGAUUCCUGAACAUUCAUUUCAAUGUUUCCUUUUCCAAUCUGUUAUUUCAUUCAUGUAAUACUCCAUCACUUGUUUAAAUAUGAGGUUAAGAUGUUCAAUUGUGUUUUUCA